AUGGACGAGAUUGGCAUGGACCUGCUCGACGUUGGCUGCUAUCAGUUCUCAGUCGAGUGGUCUGCCGAAGAAAGCGCCAUCCUGGAUGGACUCCUCCACGACAACUUGAGCGAUGACGCUGCCGCGCCCAAGCCCAGCAGCCACAGCAUCGUCCUCAAGCGAUACCGGAAGAAGAAGCGCACCGAGCUCCUCGAGCUCAAGCGUGCGGCGCAGGAACUUGAGGUGCGCUUGAAGCAGCUGACCGAAGCCAAGCAGCUCCGAGACGUCCUCAGUCCCCCGAGCCGGUGGCAGAAGAUCGCGCAGCUCAAGGAACUCGUCCAAGCGCACUUGGUGACGGUGCAAACGCUUGGCAGUAUGCUUGACAAGACGCACGAGCUUGCGUUGACGCUCAACCCGGCGCCAGAAAUGCGCUGGCAGCAGCUCGUGCUCGUGGCCGACCCAAACCUGCGGCGCGUAGGUAUUGACGCGAUCUUGGACCGGGAGUAUGGCAAGCUUGCGAGCGUCUUCAUCGAGGCGGGGCUCACGGAUGCGAAGGACGAGUUUCAAAAGCACAUUUCCAAGCUGAGCGUCUCGGGCGGCCUCGAGUUCCACGUCGUCGUGCACCGGCACCUCGGGCUGCCCGUCUCUGUCGCCCUUGAGCGGUCCUGGGACUCGAUCACGCACAUCGAUACCGACACGUCGUACGUGUCUGGGUGGCUCAACCAUCCGCUCGGACGGUUCCAGCGGCGCGCGCUCUGCAAGCGAUUUCCCGGCGAGAAGCGCAGCACCUUGAUCGUGCGCAGCAUCGAUCUUGACGAAGUCGCGCCGUACGACCCGGCGCUACCGUAUGCGAUCGAGGUCAUUUGGGUGCAGCUCGACGCAAGGAUGGACGGUGGCACGGACGUCAAGAUCUUCCAAAAGUUUCGGCCGUCGCACUGGACCGCCGACAUGUCAGCAUCAGCGGAGUGGCCCGAUGCCCUUGAGAAAGGGUCGUUGGACUUGCACCAAGCGAUCCACGACUACAUUGAGACCCUGCCGUGUGGGACGACCAACACGUGAUAUCUCACUUUGUAAUACUAGU